CAGCUAUCAAGAUAUCAGGUAAAUGAUUGUGAGUGUAAUCCGUUUUCCUUCAUAAUUUUUGUGAGUGCAAUCCCAGAUCGUAUUCAUCUUUUCUCUUCUCGCAUUCUCUCCUAUCUAAUUUCUUCCGCCACCACCGCACCAUCAACACAAUAAGACUAGUACCACCUUCAUUGCUUAUUUUCCCCCACCAUUGCGCUGCCAAUACAACCGGACUAGCACUAUGUCUUCUUUUCCCCAAUCUCCCCUUUUACAUAUUCUUGGCAUCCAAAAAUGGCAAAAAAAUGGCAAGCCCUAGAUCGUUUCCCCCUAAAUCCCUUUGCUGAUUAUCCUGUAAAUGUAUUGAUGAAAAUAUUCAAGAAUAAAGACAAGCAAGAGGAUUCGAGAAAAAUAUGGAUUCAAAAAAUCCACCAACGAAGCAUCAUGAAAAAUAUUGUGAUCGAACGCGUGGAUGAGCUUGUCAAAUUUAAUUAUGGAAUUUAUCAUGGAGAACAACAAAAAGUCAUAUAUCGGACAAGAAACACGGUGAAAUUAGAAAAAUGA